GUCAGAGACUCUGACAGUCGAGAGCCAGAGACCGAGAGAGAAGCACGAUGUCUGAAUUCAGAAGGAUCAUAAUGUCUUCAUUCCUGAUGCUGCUGCUCCACUUUCCAGCUGCAGAAAUGAAACAUUACUCUCGCAUUGUCAGAGCUGGAGAUGAAGUCACUUUGCCUUUUACAAAUGUGAUACAUGAUCAGGAUAAGUGUGACAGUACUACCUGGUACGUCAGUUAUGCACCAAACACACCAGCAGUGACGCUGUUUGAAGGCGGGACGAUUCUCAACGAAGCCAAAGCUAAAUCAGACAGACUGAGAGUAACAGAGAAAUGUUCUCUGGUUAUAAAGAAGGUCACAGAGGAGGAUGCUGGUCUUUACCUCUGCAGACAGUUCAGAUCAGGAAAACAACAAGGUCCAACCUCUUGGGUUUAUCUGUCUGUUGUUACCAUGACUGAGCAUCAGGACAAUGAUGAGGUGACGUUGAACUGCUCUGUGUUGUCAUAUGGACGGUGUAUACACACAGUAGAGUGGCUGUAUGAGGAUCAAAAUGUGGUUAAAGAUAACAGAGACAUUCAGACAUCACGGACUGACUGCUCAGCUGCUGUUACAUUUUCUAGCUCUUCAAAGGAGAAGCCAAUCUAUCGUGGGUUGUUUAAAUGUCAGGUGAUGUACACUUACAAUGAAAUAAAACAGCUGUUCACCUUCAGCCCCCCUCAGCCCCCAGGUAAUGAUGAAAUGACAACUACAUCAGAACAAGAGACAAUGAGCUCAUCAGAAGAGACGACCAAAACUGCAUCUGAAAACAACAACAAUCAAUCAGAACAAGACGGGAAACAUCCAGGUUGGUGGUGGUGGAUCAUCGUUGUGACUGUGGGUGUUGCAGCACUCACAAUAAUCACUGUGGCUGUCAUCAGACGGAAGAGGACUCAAGGGAAUGAAACCCAGACCGAUGACAACGUGGCUGAUCCUGAAGAUGGUGCUUCCUACGCCUCCAUCAGCUACACCUGGAAGAGCAGCAGGAAAGCCAGGGCUCAUGAUGAUGAUGAAGAUGGUGAAGUGACCUACAGCACUGUGAGAGCUCCCUCCUCUUCCUCUGCUGCCUCCACUCAUUCCAGCCUCCUCUACGCCACCGUCAACAAACCCAAAAAAUAAUACAGUUUAAUGCUGUAUUUUAAACUAUGGCACAAUUGUUAUAACCAUAUUACAAAGGCAAAGCGAGCAGAGUUACAAUAAGAUUUAUAUUGACCAGGUUUUUGCUUUGUUUGGCUUAAUAGCAUCUAAGUGAGAGUACAGCAAAACAUGUGAGUCCCUCUAGAGGUGGGUCGUGAGACAGGGGCAGACAUGUUGGAGAUUUACUGUAUUCUUUAUACUUACAGUGUGGGCAUAAUGAAGGUUUUGUAAAGUGGAUUCUGGCUUUUUUAUUACUGUAUUUUCUUUAAUAUAAUUUAAUGGAGUAUUGCUUUUUCUUCAGUACAUUUGACUGUUUUGUACUUUACUAAAUAA